AUGGACCCACUCUCCGUUCUCGCAUCGGUCACCGGGCUAGUAAUGUUCGUCUCGAGCACUUACAAAUAUGGCUCGGGUGUGAAAGGCGCAUGCAAGGCCCAGGAUGACUUGAGAAACGAGCUGACGGCCCUGUUCACGGUCCUGACUGGGAUGACCGCCACCAUCGCGAACGACGACGCCUCAUCCCCCGAGCACCCCCGGAUAUUUACCCAGCUCCAGCUGUCGUUGGAAGCGUGCCAGAGAGACAUUCAAGAGCUGCAGGAAAAGCUUGAGAAGAUGUCAAGCGCCGGGAAGAUUAAAACAGCAGUGAACCGUCUCAAGUGGCCUUUGGCCGAAGAUGACACGACCAAAAUUGUGCAGAAACUGUCGAGAUAUCGUGGCCUCUUCCACAAUGCGCUGGCCGUGGAUGCCUCGACUGUGUUAAGCAGCACCCAUUCUAAAGUGGUGACGAUGGAGGAGAAUCAAGAGAACACUCGGCGAGAAUUGGAAAGACAGAAAACGCUCCAAUGGCUGGCGUCCUUUGCGGACGAGCCCGAAAAGAAACUAGACCUUCUGCUCCGACGCACGAUUCCCAGCACGGGGGAGUGGCUCCUGGAGUCGCCGGAGUUUGUCGAGUUUACCAACGGCAGCGAAGGGGCCCGGUCGCUUUGGUGCCAUGGGCUUCCGGGGGCAGGAAAAACAUACCUCUCUUCGACGGUGAUCAACCAUCUUGCGUCCAAGGCCGCGAAUGGCACAGCAGCUGUCGCCUACUGGUACUUUGACUAUGCGCGGGAAAAGGAGUUAGAUCAACAAAUGUUCUGUGCCACAUUGCUGAAGCAACUAGCAGGCUCCCUUCCGCAGCUUCCAUUGGAAGUCAAAGAUCUGCACCAACGACACAGCGCCAACAUCGCCAAAACACGCCCUCAUCUCUCCGACGGCCUUUCGGAGACGUUGUUCUCUCUACUGAUCCAGGUCGAAAUGCCGUUUAUCAUCAUUGACGCCCUCGACGAGUGUCGCGGACAAUAUUUAAUGCCAAUUUUGGACAUUAUCACCAACCUCCAAGACCACGGAGCGCGAGUUUUUGUGACCAGCCGGCCUUCGAUCGAUUGCCCGUCUAGCACAGCAUCUGUUUGGCACAAAAUCGAAAUCCAUGCACACGCCGAUGAUCUCCGCCGUCUUGUCGCCCAUAAGAUCAAGGGCAGGAAAAACAGUACUACCAUGCAGCGAAUCAUGACACCAGAGCUGAGAGAAGAAAUUGUCGAGGCCGUUGUCGCCCAGGCCCAAGGCAUGUUUCUGUGGGCUACGCUGCAACUGGACGAGAUCCUCAAGGGGUGGAAGAAGGCCCAAAUUAUCAGGGCACUGAAAAGCAUGCCCAAAAGCAUAUACGGGGUAUUCGACCAGACUCUGCACCGCAUCGUAGACACCGAUCUCGCCAUGCCGACGCUGCUCUGGCUGGCCUAUGCAAAGGAACCAUUGGACUUUCGCGCCAUUUCUCACGCCGUCACCAUGGAGGUCUACUACACCGAGGAGGAAGAUGAAGACGACACAUUUGGCGCCGACGACAUUCCCCACAUUGAGGAGCUGGUCGAGGCCUGUUGCGGACUCGUCAUUAUGGACGGGGACAAGAACCUCCGACUCGCCCACUUUUCCAUCCAGGAAUACUUUUCCCAGAACCCUGACAAAUUUGCGCCACUGACGGAAGAACACGUCGCCAGGGCAUGCCUGGCAUAUCUGUCACUCCCAGUGUUUAGGGACGGGUGGCUGGACAGCGAGCGGAAGAUGCAACAGCGGCUGCAGAGGUACCCCCUUUAUUCAUAUGCCGCGAGAAAAUGGCAUACCCACUUGCCACCGAGCCCGGCGUCGCCGGAAAUCGAGCGCGCUGCAUGGAAAGUGUAUUCGCACCCGGGUCUCUUUAGCAGCUACAGCCAAGUCUUCUACUCUCAAGAUUAUCGUGUUUACACAAACCGCAGAUUAGGAGGUCAUGAUAUGUUUUCAUUCCAGGAAGGGUUCACCCCACUCCACCAUGCAGUAGAGCUAAAUCUGCCUGGAGUUGUUCGCCGUCUGCUCGAACACGACUUGGAUCCUUCUUCUGAAACUCACCAAAAAACAACUCCGCUACAUCUCGCCGUACGCGAUGAGAGAAAGGAUCUGGUAGAGAUGCUGGUUUCUGCCGGAGCAAACCGCUCUGCUUGUGGUCUGAUCCCAUUCCCUCGGCUGCGAGAAGUGUCUACGGAUGACUGGGAGAAAUUCUGGCACAACCAGUACGGCGCGUUUCCCCCCUCAAGUGACCGUUAUUACUAUCCAGUGGAGUUCGCCUUCAUCAUGGGGCUUGGCGACAUCACCGACAUACUGCUGAAUGAUGCCAAGCUGGACCUCGAGGUGGCCGGGGCGAUCUUACGAACCGCAUCUACGUUGCCCAACCAUGAAAUCGUAAGAAGGGUGCUAACAGACUAUCCCGAGCUCGACUAUUGGUGUCCAGCCUUCGUCCAAGCAGUCAAGGCCAUUUGCAAGAACACCGGCCGCAGUUGUGUAGAGUUGGAAGAUAAUGCCAUUCGGAUCAUCCUCCAGUCUCGGCCGCCGAUCGGUGAUCAAGAGGGAGUGCUGACAGCGAUGCUGGCUGCUGCGGUCUCGGCUGCUCCUGAGUUCGUUGCCAAUUUGCUAGACAAGGGAGCCAAUCCCAACGGCGAUACCGACGCGAGCCCACUUCAGAUCGCAAUGCUAGGUGGCCGUGAUGCCGCCGCCAUGUUGUUGAUCGAGAAAGGUGCCGACUUCUCCAAUCCCCAGAUUUUGGCCAGCGCCGUGCGUUCCGGCAUGACUCAUCUGGUUGAAUUUCUGCUCGAUCACGGUAGCGAUCCUAAUGGCCGCGACGAAAAUUCGAGAGAUGGCUUUCCGGUUGCCAUUGCUGCGGGUAGAGGGCAUGCAGACACUCUUGCUUUGCUGUUAAGUCGUGGCGGCGAAGUAGAUGGCGUUAAUGAGUAUGGUCUCACGGCACUCGGAGAUAUUGCAUUCGACGGCGAUGACAAUUUUGAAAUAGCCAAAAUUCUGCUGGACUAUGGGGCUGAUCCUAAUGCGGACGGAUUCAACGGCACGCCUUUGAUGCGCGCGGCGAUUCAUGCCCAGCAAAAGUUCAUCGCACUACUCAUCGAUCGCGGAGCCAAUGUCAACCUCGUCAGCGAAGGGAGAGAUGGCACGAUUCUAAGUGUGGCUGCUACGUAUGGGCAUGAGGACCUAUGCCGGCUUCUUCUUCGUUCGGGGGCAGACCCGAACCUUGGAAAAGACGUUCUACCGCUAAUGGAAGCCCUGUCGUAUAAAUUCAGCAUAGAGAUAUUCGAGCUGCUGCUUCAGAACGAAGCGGACCCGUUGCGUCGAACAAGCGACGGACGUUACGCUUUGGAGAUUGCAGUAGGACGGGGACUGCAGGACGCCGUGCGUGUGCUGCUCGAGCACGGAGCUGAUAUUCACAUGCGAGGAGGCCGAUACGGCAGCAUUAUGCACGCCGCGGCAGCAAGUAACGACGAUGCCAUAAUCAAGAUGAUGCUGGAUUUGGGGGCGGAGGUUGUUGAAGAUGACAAGUACGAUGGGCUGCUGCACCGAACUGAACGUCAUCACCAACUACUUAUUAACCUCGGUGCCGACGUCAACGCCUUAGGACACUUUGGCACGCCUCUGCAAGAUGUCAUUCAAAAGUUUCACGACAAGAAUGAGACUCUUCUUCAGGUCUUCGAACUCCUUAUCAACUCUGGGGCCGAUGUCAACAAGAGCGGUGGCUACUUUGGAUGUCCUCUGCAGGCCGCUGCUCGCUUUGGGCUGGAAGCAAUCGUCAACAAACUGCUUGAACUUGGUGCUCGGCCGGAAACUGCCGGUGGCCGUUACAGCACGGCUCUGCAGGCUGCUGCGCGCUUUGGACACGAGACAAUCGUUGACAAGCUGCUGGAGCACGGUGCCUCGCCUGGCGGCGACGGUGGCCGCUACGGAUCGGCCCUCCAAGCCGCAGCCUAUCAUGGAAAUGAGGCCGUGGUCAGCACCUUGCUCGAGCACGGAGCCGAGGUGAACAAGACCGGGGGCAUCUAUGGCACGGCCCUGCAGGCGGCAGCGUUCCGAGGCCACCAGGUCAUUGUGCGGCAGCUGGUGGAAAGCGGUGCUGACCUGACCCUCCGCGGUGGCAGAUAUCAUAAUCCACUAAAGGCAGCCAGGGAGGAAAAGUCGAUACGGAAUAGGGUUACGGCUCAGAUUCUGUUGGAAUAUGGCGCUGUGGAUGAUUUUGUGCCACCCGAGCACCCUGCGGAGAAACACUGGCGCGGUUCUAGAAGUGGGGACGAAAGCGAGUGUGACGACGAUUACUGA